CAUGCAAACUAAUUAAACAAACAAACAAAGUGGAACAAUAGCAUAUGAUGUUACAACUGUAUAUGCAGAAAUCAUUUUCAAAGUUAGGAUUAUUUAAUGAACUUCCACACCUCGGAUUCAGAGAUCCACCAGUUGAGAAACCCUUCAUUCUCAUCCUAACCAAAAUCAAAAUGGAUGCAAGGUCAUAUUUUUCAUUUUCCAUUCUUCUUUUCAUUGCAGUCAUCAUAGGAUUCAUAGCUUCUUAUCAUUCGGCUGAAGCAGCUAUGUCUAAAGGAUCUUUUGAAGAUAAUUUCAGCAUAAUGUGGUCUGAAGACCAUUUUACUACUUCUACUGAUGGACAGAUCUGGUAUCUCUCCUUAGAUAAUGACACAGGAUGUGGAUUUCAAACAAAACAAAGAUAUAGAUUUGGGUGGUUUAGUAUGAAGUUGAAAUUGGUAGGAGGUGAUUCUGCUGGUGUUGUGACAGCUUAUUAUAUGUGUACAGAAAAUGGUGCAGGGCCAACGAGAGAUGAACUUGAUUUUGAGUUUUUGGGAAAUAGAACAGGACAACCAUAUUUGAUUCAGACAAAUGUGUACAAGAAUGGAACCGGUAAUCGCGAGAUGAGACAUAUGCUAUGGUUUGAUCCUACUGAGGAUUAUCACACCUAUUCCAUCCUUUGGAAUAAUCACCAGAUAGUGUUUUUUGUGGAUAGAGUUCCAAUAAGAGUAUUCAAGAACAAUGAUAAACCAAACAAUUUCUUCCCAAAUGAGAAGCCAAUGUACUUGUUUUCAAGUGUAUGGAAUGCAGAUGAAUGGGCCACAAGAGGUGGACUUGAAAAAACAAAUUGGAAAUUAGCACCAUUUGUGUCAUCCUACAAGGAUUUCAGUGUUGAUGCUUGUCAAUGGGAAGAUCCAUUUCCUAAAUGUGUUUCAACCACAACAAAAAAUUGGUGGGAUCAAUAUGAUUCUUGGCAUCUUUCUGGGGAUCAGAAAAUGGAUUAUGCUUGGGUUCAAAGAAACCUUGUCAUUUAUGAUUAUUGCAAUGAUUCUGAACGUUUUCCAAUUUUGCCUGAGGAGUGUUCAUUGAGUCCAUGGGAGUAAUGUAUUAAGGGGAUUAUAUAUCUUUUUGUGUCAAAAUCUUUUAGUUAGUAGAGCUUUUUUUUAUUCAUUUGCUAUAUUCUUUUCAGUAAUGUAAAAGCACAUCUCAUAAUAGAUAAAGUUCACAUCGUUUAUGAAUCAUUAUACUUGUAUCAGUGUAUGAUUCAUUACCAUUAUUCUCAGCAUGAGUCUUGAGAAAGUGCAUGGAAACAUGAUGAAAAUAGUACUAAAAACUCUAUCCAUAUGUACAUGUUAAAGAUAUUACUCCAUUGAGUAUCAAUGUUUUUAUAAAAAAUGCAAUUAUAUAAA